AGUGUAUUUUAUGUGUAAACGGCGGACCUGUGAAUUACUGUAUUCGCCCGACGCACUGCCCCUUUUUUAUUGGAGAUGCCGCUCGAUCCGAACCCCAGCUUGUUCUCGCUCCUCGGGCUGGAAUGGUAAUUGCACAGAAGCAGAACCACUGGAAUGAUCCAGCCCGCAGCGGUAUCGUGUGGCUUCAGUUCGAUACUCCUACUCCUUCCCCAAGGGAGU